UAUCUUCAUACAAUACAGCGUUGCUUCCUUCACCUUUUGAAAGGAAUUUCAACUAGGAUCUGUUCAACUUAUUUUCGCAAUGUAGUCUACUAUAGAGUCUCGUGUUGUUGCCAGCGGGUGAAUCAUGUGCCCGGGAACAGGACUUCCCGAGACGUUUACAGAGCGCUUGAAACGCCAAUGAGGCACCCCGAACCGUUAAUAUUUUUGACAUCACCACCUUCAUUAUUCGCGCUUUAUUGAGCCCUCCAGAUCCGCGACUUUGCCUAUCGUCACUCCUCUGCGUGCGUGAGCUUGCAAACGCUGUUCAUCUUCUGCUCCUAAGCCGCUGCUUUCGCGACGAACGGGUUCAAGGGCGGUGAUUUGCCGACAUGGCUUUAACGUCACUCAUUCUUGGCGCCACUGCCUCCAUCGCUGCCGUUCAACUGUUGCUCUUGUAUCGUGACCUUAGACGCAAUAUCGCCAUCGCGAAGCGCUCAGGAUUCCCCUAUGUACUCACGCCAGCCAAUGUCUUUGGUGUGUUUUGGUUAGCUACGUUCUGGUUCUGGUCGCCCAUCUUACGCAGUUUACUACCCGCGUCCAAGAAAGAUGGCGUGUUCUCAGAGCUUGGAUACGGACCUUUUGAGAAGAUGGGCUCCGAUGUCUUCCUAGCUGUGUCGCCUGCCAAAAUUGUAUGUUUUGUUGCCGAUGCAGAUGUUAUCACCCAAAUUACCACCAGGCGAAAUGACUUUCCCAAACCUCUGGAAAUGUAUGGCCGGCUGGACAUUUACGGAAAAAACCUAGUAUCGACCGAGGGGUCCGACUGGCGUAUGCACAGGAAAAUGACUGCACCUAGUUUUGGCGAACGCAAUAAUGAACUGGUUUUCAAUGAGACGCUGCAUCAUACACAGUCUCUCCUCCGUUUAUGGACCGAGAAAGGAACAACUAGCGACAAGAAUCUCGACGUUGCGAGCGACACCAUGAGAUGGGCGCUCUACAUCAUCAGCGGUGCCGGCUUUAAUGUUCGAGUAAACUGGCCGCAUGAAGAGGGUGAGGGGAAGCAGAAAGCUACGCAGAAGCCAAACGAAAGCUCAGUCAUGAUGGGAUCAGAGGUGCCGGCGGGUCACGAGAUGAGUUAUCGGGAGGCGCUUAGUGAGUUGCUUCACAACAUCAUGUGGACUAUGAUGGGCUCCCCCAAGCUUCUUAAAAAAUCGCCCAUGAAAGUUCACAGGACCGUAGGAACUGCCGUGUCUGAAUGGGGUCAAUAUAUGGAUGAGGUGUAUGAGAUUAAGAAGGAACAGGUAACUUCAGGCAAACAGUCUGACGGUAUGGACCUAUUUCAGGCACUCAUCCGCGCUAGCGGGAUUGUCGACGAAAAGCAGACUAUCGUCAAGAAGAGCGAUAUUCUGGGUAAUGCAUUUGUCCUUAUGUUGGCAGGACAUGAGACCACGGCCAACUCGCUUCAUUUCUCUUUGAUCUAUCUAGCCAUGCAUUGGUCCUCGCAAAAACGCCUACAGGACGAUGUCAGCAAGAUCAUACAAGGACGACCGAUCGAAGAGUGGAAGUACGAAGAGGAUUUUCCAAAGCUGUUCCAAUGUAUGCCCGCAGCUGUCAUGAACGAGACACUCCGGCUGCUCCAGCCCGUCAUCAAUAUUCCGAAAUCUACUGCCCCUGGACGUCCGCAACCCUUCACCAUGAAUGGCCAGCAGCAUACGAUGCCUGGAGGUGCUCAUAUCCUGCUCAGCUGCGCAGUCCACCGCAAUCCCAAGUAUUGGCCUGAGCCUUCGAACGAGAAUGACAAGAAGGCCAAUGUCAGAGACACUGACCGAUUCCGUCCGGAACGCUGGCUUCUCGACAAGAAACCGAACGCAGACUUUGUCGAGAUCGACUACGACGACGAAGAGCUUCGUGGUCCCUCCGGAGAAGACACUUCCUCGUCGCUUUUCAAGCCCGUCAAAGGCUCCUACAUUCCGUUUAGCGAUGGCUAUCGAUCCUGUAUUGGACGCAGAUUCGCUCAGGUGGAGCUUCUUGCCGCGUUUGCCGUCAUCUUCUCGCAGUACAGUGUGGAGCUCGCGGUGGACGAGUUUGCUACCGACGAUGAGGUUGCUAACAUGGAUGACGAGUCCAAGGAGAAGGUGUGGAGGAAGGCAGCGGACAAGACACAGCAUCUUCUUCAAAACAAAACAGCGAGUAUCAUUACGCUGCAAUUGAGAGGCGCUAAGAUUCCUUUGCGAUUGGUCAAGAGGGGUGAGGAGACUUUCAAGUUUGAUCUUUGA